GGGUUGAUCAUGUGACUGUGGGUGGAGACAACUCCCGGAAGUGAGAGGGAUGCUGAUGCUGGAAUAAACAUGGCGCUGCGCAGUACGAUCUGCUCGGGGUUGUCGGCUACCAUUGUAGUAUUGCUUGUGUCUGUGUGCUGGGCCCGGGUCCACCACCUCACUCUGAAGGAUGAUCUGCGGCAGAAGGUGCAUCUCAACACAUUUGGCUUUUUCACUAAUGGAUCCAUGAAUGUGAGCAUCGCCAGCUUAUCUGUGGGUACCGAGGACCUGACCAGCGUGGGCAACUUACUGUUUGGGUUUAGCUUGGACAGGACUAAGAAUGAUGGCUUCUCAACUUACCUGGACCAAGAUUUGCAUAACUGUAUACUACAAAGUCGUCCAGCAGGGGUCGCUCUACUCAAGCUGAAUUUCUCAGCCAAAACCAUUUGUGUUACAAACGCCGCCGAUGUCCAACUGCCAGAUGUUGUCUUCUCCACUUCCAACGAGCAAGAGAAAAUCACCACAGCACAAAGGUCGCCUGAGAAACCGGAGGACAAGCAAAGCGCUGCAAAGAAAGUGCGUAGGGAUGCAGGCAAUUCAGAGGACAAAAAUAAUAAAGAUAACCCUGACCCGAAACCAGUAACAAAACCAGAUGAAAAGCCAAAACAAAAGGCUAAAGAAAAUUCAAAAAAUCCUGCAGAAAAAUCCAAUGGCGUAGUGGAAAGAAGUAACGCCAGUGAGCUGUGUCAUCAGAUUAAAGUUGAAAAGGGUGUUGCAUCCUUUCAGUUUGCAUUUAAUGUGACCUCAAACUCUUUGGAGGGACUCUACAGCUUGUACUUCCACAGUUGUCCUAAAGAAAGUAGGGAGCAGUAUCCAUUCAGCCUCGAGAUCUUUAUUACAGAAAAAAACCCUGACAGUUACCUAUCUGCAGAUGAAAUCCCCUUGCCCAAGCUGUACAUCUCAAUGGCUCUGUUCUUCUUCAUUGCCGGCCUGGUCUGGGUUCACAUCCUACGGAAGCGCAGGAGUGAUGUAUUCAAGAUCCAUUGGCUGAUGGCUGCUCUACCCUUCACCAAGUCCUUGUCUUUGGUGUUCCAUGCAAUCGAUUAUCAUUAUAUCGCAACUCAAGGAUAUCCCAUUGAAGGAUGGGCUGUGGUGUACUACAUCACUCACUUGCUGAAAGGGGCACUGCUGUUCAUCACCAUUGCACUGAUUGGAACAGGCUGGGCCUUUGUGAAACACAUCCUGUCUGACAAGGACAAAAAGAUCUUCAUGAUUGUGAUUCCUCUGCAGGUACUAGCUAAUGUAGCUUACAUCAUCAUAGAGUCUACAGAGCAGGGCACGACAGAGUAUGGGCUGUGGAAAGAAAUCCUGUUCCUUGUAGACCUCCUGUGUUGUGGCGCCAUCUUGUUCCCAGUUAUAUGGUCAAUCCGCCACCUACAGGAAGCCUCUGCAACAGAUGGAAAGGCAGCCAUUAACUUGGCCAAACUGAAGGUCUUCCGGCACUACUAUGUGAUGAUUGUCUGCUUCAUCUACUUCACUCGAAUCAUCGCCAUCUUCAUCAAGGUCGCAGUCCCUUUCAAAUGGAAAUGGAUGUAUGAGCUCCUAGAUGAGUUGGCCACGUUUGUCUUCAUCGUCUUGACCGGGUACAAAUUUCGGCCAGCAUCAGACAACCCAUACCUUCAGCUUCCACAAGACGAGGACAUUGAUGACCUGGAAAUGGAAGCCGUCGUUACAACCACAGGAACAACAGAGGGUGUAAAGAAAAUAAAAAAGGUGGUCAAUGGCUCUUCAGAUCCCCGUUCUGAAUGGGAAAGUUCUGCGUGAAUGGACACACUGACCAAGUGGCUUUUAAUUUAUUACCUACUCCUUCUACUCCAUGCAAAGUGAGCGGGUGAGGGAGGAACCACACCUUCAUCCCACUUACCACACACUGCAUCUUCCCUGUGCAGACACAGAAUAGACCUGACCAACAGUGAUGGUCAACAACUCCCCCGAACACAACUUGCCACGUGGAAUUGUCUCUGCAACUCACGCAUCCAACCCCCCGGAUGUUAGGACUCCGCAAAAACUUUUCUGAUUUAAAUUCCUAUUUUUGUUUGAACAAGGAGCUAAAUGUAUCCAUGUAGCACCCAGCCAGGUUUGUACGUCACACUCCAGUAAUACAUAAGGCAGCAAAUGGUAUCAAUGAUUUGACUAUUUGUGAGGUAGAACGCUCCAUUGCAAAUUACUCUUUAAAUCGCAGAACUUUUUGCCUGCGACUUUAUUUUCUUUUCCCUGACAUUUUUAGGUCAGCUGCAUAUCUAUGCCUCAGUUAGCUAAAUAAUAAAAGUUGGUGUAAAUAUAUAUAUAUAUUACUAUUUUUUUUGUAGGAGAAGAUAUAAUGAAUUUAUGAAACGUAACAGAGAAA